AUGUACGUAAACACCCUCCAGUCUUCUCCCAGCCUCAGGGAGCUCUCUGACCAUGAAGCCCAGGAGGGCAGCCCUAACCUGGGCAUGAAGUACCCGCAGAUCUCUCGACCCUCCAUCAUCAGACACCCACAGCGUGGCAACAAUGUGGCAGAGCCUUGGCAAGCAAGUGGAAUACCUGCCCAGUACUGCUUCGGCGGCCCUGCGGACGUGUCGGCCGACCCAACGCAGGACGUGAACCCCGAGACCUGCCACGGCGAGUUUGACCCCGCCGAGUUCCCGCGGCCCAUCUCUGCCCAGCCUGCGUCCAAGGAGCCGGCGAGCGAGCUCAGAGACUCGAGUCCUGUCUCAUGCCAUGUCAGCCAUGUGUCGAUCCGAUCUAAAGCUCCCAACGGCACCAAGCCCAGCUCUGCUGAGCCGGAGCUGGAGCUGGAGCUGGAGGAGGAUGUACACAGCCUCCAGUCCUCUCCCAGCCUCAGGGAGCUCUCUGACGAUGAAGCCCAGGAGGGCAGCCCUGACCUGGGCAUGAAGUACCCGCAGAUUCCUCGACCCUCCAUCAUCAGACACCCACAGGAAUGCCCUCCCCAGGAAGGCCAGACUGAGGACAGAGAUUAUGGAGUGAUAGAAGAUGGACCGUUAUCAUCAGGUACAGAAAACAGACUCCGUUGUCUCUCCUCUCCUCCUUUUCCUCCACUGGCCCCCACAUUGUGGCUUGGAGAGGAAAGGUCUUGGCAGGCAAGCCGACAAGUACACACACACACACACACACACACACACACACACACACUCACACAUAGUCAGGGACACACUCAUCACAAAGGGGGAGAGAUGCACACACUCGAUGGAAAAAAGACUUCUCACUCUCUUCAUGGAAAACAUCCUCAUCCACAGACAAAAAAACAGGAUAUUUUUAUGCAUGUCUCUCGAAUGAAAUCAUACAUUCACCAAAACUAAUUACAACUGUCCGUGAACACGGUUUGGCUGAGAGGAAUGGGUUGCUUCCGCUGAACAGAGGCAAAUGACAUUUGAUCUCUCGCUUUGUUUUGCUUAAACUUCUUCCUCUUUAUUUGUCCUCCUUUUCCUCCGCCCUUAUUAAAGAAG